AUGUACAGCACUCAGAGUUUAUGUUACCUGGGAGUGUUGAUGUCGGUGAUCGUGUCGGUGAACUCCAACAAGAUGCUGGAGGAGUGUUUGUCAUCGAAGCGUACUUUCUACCUGAACGUCGUGCUUCUGGAGGACAACACGUACGAGUGGAGCCGGCCGUUUGUGCAGCUGGCCGUGGAACGAGCGAUCGAGGCGGACAGGCUGGAGAACGAGAAACAAGGAUUAAAUUUCACUUUGACGGCCAACUACAACGGGUUCAACACCAACAUGUACAACCGGCAGGGCUGUGGGAGCAGCACCUGUGAGGGAGUGGCUAUACUGAAGGUGCUCCAUAAUAACGGGGAGGCUGGAUGUGUCAUGCUUGGUCCGUCCUGCACCUUUGCGACCUUCCAGCUGGUGGAUGAGGAAAUCGGCCUGACCCUGAGCGUCCCCAUCAUCUCAGCCGGGAGCUUCGGACUCUCCUGUGACUACAAAUCCAAACUGACCCGGAUUCUGCCCCCAGCACGCAAAAUCACAUCUUUAUUGAUCCACUUCUUUGAAGAAAAGUUGCCAUUUAAGGACAAGUGGAAGCAAGUCUACGUCUACAAGAAGGCCCACAACGUGUCCGAGGACUGCUACUGGUACAUCAACGCUCUGGAAGCAGCUUCCAACAACUUUGCCACAAGGAUGAACAGAGAGAUGCUGCGCGGGGAGGACGAGCUCAAGGAGGCCAUCAGAAAGAAGAACAGACACAGCAACAUUUUCAUCCUGUGUGGGAGCACUGAUGACAUCGCUUCGAUUAAGAGUCUGCCGGUCAACAUCGAUAAGGAGAUCAUCUUCGUGCUCCUCGAUAUCUACAACCCUUCGUAUUACAUCAACACCACGUCCAGUAAGACGAUGCAGGACGUGGUGGUGAUCACUCUCCCGCAGAGGAACUACGACUCUGCAAACUCCACGUACAACGACACGAUUAACGACUACGUGGCCGGGUACCACGACGGGGCUCUGCUGUUUGGGAAAGUCCUCCGAGAGAAGAUGCUGAGUGAGCAGCAGAACGGGAGAUCCUACGAAGACGUGCCUCUGAGCGACAACCCGUUUGGAAACAUCUCCUUUGACGGUAUGGGAGGACACUAUGUGCUGGACGAGUACGGAGACAGAGACGUUAACUUCUCUAUACUUUACACGUCCGGCAUCACCAACCAGUAUGAGACUCUGUUAGUGUUCGACACGUCCCAAAAUAAAUCCAACGUGGAGGACCCACACCCGGCCCUGCAGUGGGAGGGGGGCCUCCUGCCCCAAGACGUGCCGAAGAAUCCCAACGAUUUAAACACGCAGGAUGUGAUCGUGAUCGUCCUGAGUCUCAGUGUGGUGGUGGUCACAGCCAUCGCCCUCAUCUUCUACAGGCAGAACAGGAAGGAGCGUCUGCAGCAGAAGAAGUGGUCUCACAUCAACCCACACCUGAUCGCCCCGCUGGAUGAGAAGGAGGUCUCUCUGAAGAUCGAGGAGGAUAAGAGGAAGGACUCCACUUACUUCAGCCAUCGAGGACGCUACGACAAGAAGCCCGUCAUCCUGAAAGAGUUGAAGCACACUGAUGGAGACUUCACAGAGGACCAGAGGAUCGAGCUGAACACUCUGCUGCGGAUCGACUAUUACAACCUGACCAAGUUCUACGGCACGGUGAGGUUUGAGUACGCCGUGUUCGGGGUGUUCGAGCUCUGUCAGAGGGGCUCGCUCAGGUACAUCCUGAACGACAGGAUCUCUUACCCAGACGAGACCUUCAUGGACAUGGAGUUCAGGAUAUCCGUCAUGUACGACAUCGCAAAGGGCAUGUCCUACCUCCACUCCAGCAACAUUAACGUGCACGGACGCCUCAAGUCCACCAACUGUGUGGUUGAUAACCGCAUGGUGGUGAAGAUCACUGACUUCGGCUGUCACACCAUCCUGACGCCGGGCAGAGACGUGUGGACGGCGCCCGAGCACCUCCGCAAAGAUGGAGUGUCUCAGAAAGGAGACGUGUACAGUUACGCCAUCAUUGCUCAUGAGAUCAUGAUGAGGUGCCCGCCUUUCUAUACGAAGUACUGCUUUGAUCCCACAGAGAAGCUCUACAGGGUCCAGUAUCCCAGCGGCAUGAGCGUCUUCAGACCAGAACUCAACUUUGAGGGAGCGUCAGACCGAGAGAUCGACCUGUAUAACCUGAUAAAGAUCUGCUGGGAUGAAGAUCCCGAGCGGAGGCCUGAUUUUAAGAAGAUCGAGUUGACUCUGGGAAAGAUCUUCAGCAAUUUGCACAACCAAGACAGCGAGACGUACAUGGACAACCUGAUCCGGCGGCUUCAGAUGUACUCCAGGACUCUGGAGCGUCUGGUGGAGGAGAGAACCUUUUUGUACAAAGCAGAGAGGGACCGAGCGGAUCAACUCAACUUCAUGCUGCUGCCUGGCCCCGUGGUGCGUUCACUGAAGGAGACCGGAGUGGUGAAACCGGAGCUCUUUAAGGAGGUGACCAUCUACUUCAGCGACAUCGUGGGAUUCACCACCCUCUGCCACUACAGCACCCCCAUGCAGGUGGUCGACAUGCUCAACGACAUCUACAAGAACUUUGACAGCAUCCUGGACCACCACGACGUCUACAAGGUGGAGACCAUAGGGGACGCCUACAUGGUCGCCUCAGGUUUGCCUAAACGUAACGGUGACCGGCACGCGGUGGACAUCGCCCACAUGGCCCUGGACAUCCUGGCUUUUGUGGGGACCUUUCAGCUGCAGCACCUGCCCGGCAUCCCUCUGUGGAUCCGGAUCGGGGUGCAUUCAGGGCCGUGUGCAGCAGGAGUGGUGGGGAACAAGAUGCCUCGUUACUGUCUUUUUGGAGACACGGUCAACACAGCUGCACGCAUGGAGUCCUCUGGCCUUCGUAGGCGACCACACACACUCACUCACUCACUCAUCACACUCAUCACAUCAGUUCAGGUUCAGGACUAUCAGCCUGUUCAGUCUCCUCUCUGCUCUCUCGAUGACACAUCAGGACCAAUCAUUCCCUGGAGGGCGUCCAGCCCUUCAGUCUAUCAUCCCCUUAGACCCUCAGCAGCUCCAGCUCCUCACAGAGAGACCCAAAGAAGAGAACACUCGGGUACUUACUGGCAGUGA